AGGACUCAGUUUCCCCAGAUGUGAAAUGAGGGGGUGGGCUCAAGGCCGGGCACCUGGUAGGUGAUCAAUAAACGCUAGUUGCCCCGUGUCCGGGGCUCCUCCCAGGGAGAGGUGCGGACUCCGCCCCGCAGCGACCUUCCCAGUCGAGUUCUACCCCUUCCCCGUCGCCAGGGGGCGGCCUUUUCUGUCGAGCGCCUCGUUCCACACCAUCUCGAAGAACACGGUUUAGGAAUGUCCCUGCGGGUGCAAUCUCCGGAUGGGGGAGAGCCUUGCGCACGCGCAGAAGAGGCGGUGCCCGUCGGAGGCUGGACGGGAGGGGAGGGGACAGCGUGGAAGAGGAGGCCCACGGCCAGGCCGAGGCGCCGGGGUCCGCUGGGCUCCGGCUCCUCGAGGAUGUCCCUCAAAGCGAAGGACGACUUCCGGCGGCUGUACACAGUGUCGGACACGCGGACCCACCCCAAGGGCUACACAGAGUAUAAAGUGACGGCGCAGUUCAUCUCGAAGACAAACCAAGAGGAUGUUAAGGAGGUGGUCGUCUGGAAGCGCUACAGUGACUUCCGCCGCCUGCAUGGGGACCUGGCCUACACCCACCGCAACCUCUUCCGCCGCCUGGAGGAAUUCCCGGCCUUUCCUCCAGCACAGGUCUUUGGCCGAUUCGAGGCCUCAGUGAUUGAGGAGCGGCGGAAGGCGGCCGAGGACAUGCUGCGUUUCACGGUCAACAUUCCUGCCCUCAACAACAGCCCCCAACUCAAGGAGUUCUUCCGAGGUGGGGACGUGAGCCGGCCCUUAGAACCCAGUGGCCUGCACAUCCUGCCACCGCCCCUGGUGCCCACACUGCCCCCAGAGGAGCCCCGCUUGCCACGGGCUCUGCCAGCAGAGCGGCUGGGCCGGGAAGAGCUGGAGGAGGAGAGUGAGAAGUCAGGGACCCAGCCUCCAUCCAGCCCUGCUCAGGAGGCCCUUGAUCUUCUGUUUGAUUGUGGGGCUCCUGAAGAAGAGCCCAGCCCCGCGGCCCGAGGACCCCUGACUGAGGCAGAGCUGGCGCUCUUUGACCCAUUCUCCAAAGAAGAAGGUGCUGCACCCGGACCCAGCCCCACCCACGUGGCAGAGCUGGCUUCCUUGGGGACAGAGCCCCAGACCCGGGACCAGACACCCUGGGAGCCGGGAGGAGGGGAGGAAGAGGAGGAGGAGGGCAAGGGCCCACGCCCAGCCUACCUAAACCAAGCCACAGAACUCAUCACCCAGGCCCUGAAGGAUGAGCGCGCGGGAGCCUACGCCUCAGCCCUGCAGGGAUACCGGGAUGGAGUGGAUGUCCUCCUCCGGGGGGUGCCAGGGGAUCCAAACAGCGCCCGCCAGGAAGGGGUGAAGAGGAAGGCGGCCGAGUACUUGCGGCGCGCGGAAGAGAUCCUGCACCUGCACCUGCGGGCGUGAGCCGCGCCUCGCCCGGGGGCGCCAGAGAGGCCUUGGAGGCCCGGCCUGGACUCCCCCAGCUGUCAGAGGGGGGUCGGCGUCCUUGCCCUCCCCCCUUCCCCCCCGUGGGGAGUCAUGAGGACCUUUGUCCCUGGUGUUCGAUGACCAGCCCCCCCUUCCAGCUGGGGUCCUCACAACUGCCAAUUGGAAGUUCCCCAAGUGCCCUUUAAACCACUGCACUGCCCAGCCCUGGUGACCCUGCCCUGCCCCCGCCGGCCGCACGGGGGCCCCCCCUGCGCUUCCUUGCGCAAUCCCUUCCAUCUCCCAGCUACAGGCCUUUGCCGGCCAUUCCCCGGGCCGGGAGCGCCAUCCCUCCCCUUCCCACCUGGAAGUGAAUGAAUGAAUGAAUGAAUGAAUGGCCUGUGUGUGAACACAUGCUUAUCCCGGGAUAAUGGACUCCCCUGGAGCGCAGGGGCUUCUGUCUGUAUCCCAGUGCCUGCUUCACGGGGGCUCAAUAAAUGCUUGCUGAAUGCAUUGAAAUGAA